CUCUGAUUGGUCAUCAGUGCGGAAGCGGGUAAUGGCGGCGUAAACAACGCAAAAAUCGGUGCAAGAUGCUGUUAGUCGAACCGCUGUAGAAAAUAAAACUUGGAAAUAAAGCUAUAACUAAACGUAGUAUGUAGGAGGAUUUCUUCUCGGUGUGCAAACUAUUAAAACCCCCACUGGUUCACUUCUUGGUGGUGUUUAGCCGCUAGUUUCGGCUAACUUCUAGCCAAGUUUGCUAACUUAACGGAAAAGUAGAAUUUAGUUUGUAGAAAUGGACUGCGUCGUGACGGGAGGAAACGUGAAAGUGCUGGCCAAAGCCAUCCAUUCUCUGUCCAGGAUCGGUGAUGAGCUGUACGUGGAGCCUCAGGAAGAUGGGCUGGCCCUGCGGUCUGUGAACUCUUCUCGGUCGGCAUAUGCUUGCUUCCUGUUCGCACCACUCUACUUCAGCAGGUACACCAUCCCCAGUGGGCACACCUUCCGCUGCAAGAUGGCAAUAAAGAGUGUGCAGGCUGUAUUCAGGUCUCUAGCGUCUCUGGAGAAGACAGUGGAAAAGUGUCACAUCGAGUUGGACGAGCAGAAGAACCGCCUCAGAUUCACCCUGCACUGCAGACACGGCCUCCUGAAGACACAUAACCUGUCUUUCCAGGACAGUGAAAGCUUACAGGCCGUGUUUGAUAAAGACAGCUGUGCCAAUGUAUUCAGAUCCCAGCCCAGGCUGCUGGUGGACACAGUCAUGCACUUCCCUCCGUCUCUGGAAGAAGUGACAGUGUCAGUGAGUGAUGAACGGAUGUGGAUUAGGAACCAUGUGGAGGAUGAAUCAGACCAGUCCAAGGCCAUGCUGACAGAGCUGUGUCUGGCUUCAGACGAGUUUGACCAUUUUGCCGUCCAAGCUCACAACAGUGUCACCUUUUGUUUGAAGGAGUUACGGGGGUUGUUAGUGUUUGCAGAGUCUACUGGCCUCCCUAUUUCUGUGUACUUUGAUGAGCCGGGCAGCCCUGUAGUGCUUUCAGUAACAGACAGUGUCCUGGAGGGGAACUUUGUGCUGGCCACGCUUUCUGAUGACUCCAGCCACCGUAAAAACAACACUAGACGAGCAUGCACACCGCCGCCGCCCCCUCCUGAUGACUUCAUGAAUGAGGACAUAGACUCCUACCUCAUCGCCAUGGAUACCAGUAUUGCACCAGGUCCCUCAGCUACAGGUCCGCCCACACCCCUAUUAGCUGAUUCCACAUGUUCAAAACAGCCUGCUGCAGCCAAUCACAGGACAAGGCUACACAGUGAAGAGGAGGAAGUGGAGGAGGAAGAUGAAACAGCCGACUUAGACAGGCCACCUAAUAAGAAGUUCUGUUCGUUGUUCUUUGGAUCAGUGCUUCCUCCGUCUUCUCAGAUGACCACUCAACCAGUGACAAGUCAGGAAGUGUUGGCCAGUGACAGUGAGGAUGACACUCAAGUAGAGUGACAGUGGACUGAUGGAUGAGAGGAAAGAGAUGGACUGACCUGAAAGUGUGUGUGUUACGUUGAUUUUACACACAUUUACCAGCCUGUACAAGUGAUGUACAGGGAUAUACAUUUUUUAUUUUACAAAAAUAUGCAAAGACAGUGCACAAUACAAGACAGGAUGGCCACUGUGAGUGCAUUCCAACUUUUUAUUGGACUAUAAUGUUAAUGGUGGACUUGAAAAUAUAGGAUUAUGUGAAACUGGACAUGAAGCACUUCCUGUUUAUUUGCGUUUGUUCGGUUUGUGAUCAAGGUUCAACAAAAAAGCUCCUCUAAAUAAAAGAAACAUAUUUUUCAAA